AUGGCGGGCCAUGCCCAAGACCUAGAGAAACAAGGCGCGGCUACUCGUCCCGAGACCUCGCCCGCCCGUCAUCAUGACCACCGAGUCCCGACUUCAGCCCUCGAGAAAGACCAGUUGACCACGGUGACCGGACGGAGUCUCACCACCUCCCACACUCAGUCCUCCACCGACACGGACCCCCUCUCCCCUCUCGAGCACGCCCUUGCCCGGCCCCUGUCCAGUGCCGACAUCGAGCAGCUCCCGCCAGACGACCCGGACGACGACGACGACGAUGACGCCAACCGCAACAACAACAAGAACGACCCGCUCCACCUCAGCCGCACCCGCACCUCGAUCGUCUCCUCCGCCUCUCGCCCACCAGACUAUGAAGUCACUCUCGAAGCCGACGACCCCGAGAACCCACGGAACUGGCCACUCUGGUACCGCGCCUACACCGUCUUCGCCGUAUCCUACGCCACCUGGGUCGUGGUGCUGUACUCGACGAGCUACACGGCCAGCAUCCCCGGCGUCAUGGCCGAGUUCGGCGUCACCAGCCGCCCGCUGGCCACCCUGGGUCUGACGUCCUACCUGCUGGGCCUGGCCGCGGGGAGCGUGGUGGUGGCGCCGAUGAGCGAGGUUUAUGGGAGGAGGGUGGUGUAUUUGGUGUGUUUGGGCGUGUUUGUGGUGUUGAUUGUGCCGUGUGGGCUGGCGGAUGGGUUGGCGGAGCUGGUCGUGGUUAGGUUCAUCGGGGCCGUCUUUGGCGCCGCCAUGAUUUCCAACAGCCCCGGCACGGUGGUCGACAUCGCCGGGCACGAGUCGCUCGCGCUGUGCAUGUCGUGGUACAGCAUCGCGCCGCUGAACGGGCCUGUGCUGGGCCCGCUAAUCGGGGGGUUCGUGUACGAGAACCUUGGGUGGCGGUGGGCCAACUGGAUCGCCAUGAUCCUCGCGGGCGUCGCCGUCGUCAUGCUGGCCAUGGUCAAGGAGACGUACGCGCCAGCGCUACUCAAGAAGAAGGCGGCUAGGAUGCGCAAGGAAACGGGCGACGACAGGUGGUGGUGCCACCACGACCAACGCAUCUCCACGCUGGACCUGCUCAAGACUAACCUCAGCCGGCCGUUUGUGCUCGCCGCGACGGAGCCCAUAUUGUGGUUCUUCAAUAUCUGGAUCUCCGUCAUCUACGGCAUUCUCUACCUCUGUUUCGUCGCCUACCCCAUCGUCUUCACCCAACACCGCGGCUGGUCCGUCUCCAUGACCGGGCUCGCCUUCCUAGGCAUCGGCAUCGGCACCCUCCUCGGCAUCGCCAUGGAACCCAUCUGGCGACGCCUAAUCAACAACUCGCCCAAAAAGGACCCAGAAACCGGCCGCGCCGCGCCCGAAGCGACCGCCCUCGUAAUGUGCAUCGGCGCCUUGCUCACCCCCUUGGGCCAGCUCGUCUUCAGCUGGACCUGCCUGCCGGCCUCCAUCCACCCGGCCAUCCCCAUCGCCUUCGGCAUCCCCUUCGGCAUGGGCAACACCCUCUCCUUCAUCUACGGCUCCAACUACCUGGCGGGGGCCUACGGCAUCUACGCCGCGUCGGCCAUGGCGGGGAACGCCGUCAUGCGCUCCGUGUUCGGCGCCGUGCUGCCCCUGGCCGGGCCGGCCAUGUAUGCCGCGCUGACGCCCCAGUGGGCGGGCACCUUUCUGGGCCUGCUGGAGGUGCUGCUGAUUCCGAUCCCGUUUGCGUUUUAUUGGUAUGGGGAUCGCAUUAGGGAUCGGAGCCGUGUGAUUCGGCAGAUGCGCGAGGAGAAGGCCAAGGGGGAGCGCCGGGCUGAGAGGCUGGCGGCGAGGAAGGAGAGGGCGGAGAAGAAGAGGGGGGUGGAGGCGGCGGCGGCGGCGGGUGCGGGUGCGGGUGCGGGUGUCAAAGCUCCGCCUCCUGUGGUUGAGGGUGGGGGGACGAAGGGGGAGGAGGAGAUGGAGAAGGCGGCUGCGCAGGGGGCGAGGAUGGCGUGA